GCAGACCUAAUAGGGCGAAUCAGCAGGAAUAACACUCGAAAAUCCCCCAGGAAGUGGGCCAUUAAGGUGAGCCCUAUCUCCUCUCCUCCCCGGCUCCUUGUCUGCUGUGUUCUCCGGUUGCCGGGCACUAAAGCAAACCAGAGUUUUGUUUACCGAGCCUGCGAUUACAAUACAGCCACCAAAUAUUUGCUAGUUCCUCCGUUCUCCCGGCUCCACUAUAAAUACUUCUGCCCCACCUGGGCGCUGGUAUAGGAGGAAGGAGGGGGCUUGAGCGGCCGGCCGAUCAGGUGGUUCUGUCUAGAAAAAGCCGAGCGGGAGGAGUUUAAAAAUGGCUGCCGGGGUCAUCCAAAGCCUGAGCAAGUUCAGGCUCGCGCCAGGCUUCCAGCAUCUUUUCCUCUCCAGCACCACCAGCCAGGAGAUGGCUUUGCACGACUCGUCAGAGGAGGAAGAAAUGGAAGAGGAAGAGGAGGAAGCAGAGGAAGAAGAAGUGGAAGGAGGAGGAGGAGGAAGAGGAGAGGAAAUGGAAGCCACAGAUGAUGAUCCGGAGGGCCACGGUCCUCGUGGAAAGCAAGAGACCCCCACUGUGGCUGCUGACCUAAGCGGCGCAGAAAUGACCGCACAGCUCCUUCGGUUUGCCGAGCGCGUCAGCGAGGACAUCCAGAGAUACUUUGGCAGGAAAAGCCAAGACGACGACUCGGAGGCCUGCAAUAUCUACGAGGACCGGGGUUCCCCCCAGCUGUCAGGGCGCCUGUUGUACUACACGGAUCUGGUCCAGAUUUCUCAGAGCAGAGCGCCGGAGGAAGACAACGAGGACGACGAGGACCUUCCUCCUGCCUCGACGCCAACGUGGAGGUCUCUGGGGAGCAAGGCGGAGGAGGAUGAGAGGCUGGGACCCUUGGCCGAGCUCUUUGAAUAUGCCUUGUGCCGGUACGCCAAGCCCCAAGCCCUGCACGACCCCGAGAAGCUGAGGAUGGAGAGGAAGUACGGCCAUCUCUCCCCCAUGCACGGCAGGAAGCUCCCCCAGUCCUUCUGGAAAGAGCCAGCCUUCAGCCCCAUCGGCGUCCUCGGCAGCAACCCUCCCGAUUUUAGCGAUCUUUUGGCCAACUGGACGUCCGAAACCAGCCAGGAGGAACUUCAUGCCAGCUGAGGGCAUGGCGGCCAUGAGGGGAACCGGAAAGAGGACGACACGCAUCACUGUGGUGGUUUACGAGGGUCCAGAAGCGUGGGAACCCCUUUCUUUCUCCCGCACUGGCUAAGUACGUUUGGUACUUAAAAAUCCCCAUC